GCGCCCAUCGUUGCGUAGGGACUCGUGGGCGAAGGAAGAUGAGCCCACUGGACUAAGACAAGGUUGGGUGAAAGAGUGCCAAGGGUUAUUUAUUGGAAUUUCACUCUGCCGAUUGCAACACCUGCAUUUUACAUAUCAAUUGCACAAUCCCUCAGGGACCUAUAAGAACAGGGACUCUCCAUCCACCGGAGAGCCGCCGGCACAAUCCCGUUCCCCGAUUUACUUCUCCACUGCCGGGAUUCCUGACUGCGGCCCACCUUCCGCCAUGAGGACCCUCUACCUUCUGUUGGCUGUGCUCUUCUUGGUCCUCUCCCAGGGGAAUGCAGGGUACGGUCAGAGAUCAGACUCUUACCAGUGUCACAGUAAACGCGGAACGUGCUCCUUUUCAAACUGUCCGCUCUUUAGGAAGCCCUACGGCACCUGUUACAAUGGGAAGGCCAAGUGCUGCCUACGUCGAUGAGGGGACGUCGGCAAGCAGUCGGGACUGAGCGGAUCGGAGGGGACGGAUGUACUCGCCACUUGUUUUAAUAAAAGUCCGAUGGUU